AUGUGUCUCCGCGUAGUAGAGAGAUACGCCGUCUGCGGGUGUAUCUACUUCACUCACGGAGUUGAUCGGUGCGGAGCGUACGGCCAGCACCAGGUCCAGGAUCGUGUAGUCCUCGUCGGACACACGUGCCCCCUCCACGCCGCCUCCUACAACCUCCACACCUCCCCCUCCUCCCACCCCUCACCAUCCCACUGUCCCUCAAUGGGGGUGCUCCCGGACUCCUACGGGUCGGGACCGAAGUACUACGACGACUACUACGGCUCGCCCCGCUGA